AUGUGGAAGUUGUUAAAAUGCUCCGAUCUGCGUUCUGCAGAAGCCAUAAAAUAAAAUUUGUUGAAAAAAUAUUUUCUGCCGAAAAAUUAAUUUUGCUGUUGUUUCGAGUGAUUUUGAUUUUGAUUUCGAUUUCGUACCCACACAAUCCUUUCUUGUCGUUUGCUGUUAUGCGUAAUUGUUUUUAAACCGACGUAUUAUAUUCAAGUGCAGCCGAUAUUCAAGCGCUUGAGAAUCUGUUAAGAUGUCGAAUCAGAAUGCCUUAGAACCGAUGCAAGUUGACAUUCAUCCCGAGGAUAAUGAAAAUUUCGAAGAAGAUCUUCCACAUAUUGUGGAAAACUCCAACUUGGAUCUGGAAUCGUACGCCAACAAUUAUACGGGAUUGGCACGUUUGUACAGAUUAUCAUUCAUUGCCGACCAUUGUCCUUCUUUAAGAACCGAGGCUUUGAAAAUGGCGUUAGCGAAUGUAAUGCAAACCUAUAAUACCACCAUGUAUCAAACUUUGCACAAGAAAUUAGUCGACGCUUAUUGUGGGUCUGCGAACAUCUUGCCCGAUAUAGCUGGAGGUGGUCGAGCUGGUCAUCAAGAAAUUCCGCAGUUGGAUCAAACGUGGAUAGAAACAAGAACGAAGAAAGCAGCGUUGAAGUUGGAAAAAUUGGACACCGAUUUGAAAAAUUAUAAAAGCAAUUCUAUCAAAGAAAGCAUUCGUCGCGGUCACGAUGAUUUAGGCGAUCAUUAUCUGGAUUGUGGAGAUUUAAAUAACGCUUUGAAGUGUUACUCUCGCGCUCGUGAUUACUGCACCAGUGGAAAACAUAUAGUCAAUAUGUGCAUCAACGUCAUCAAAGUUAGUUUGUAUUUGCAAAACUGGACGCACGUGUCCAGUUACGUGUGUAAAGCUGAGCAAACUCCGGAUUUCGCCGAAGGAAAAGACAGUAACCAUGUAAUUUUUACUCGACUGAGGUGCGCAGCCGGCGUAGCAGAGUUGGCUGGUAAACGUUACAAAGCCGCAGCUCGUCAUUUUUUGCAAGCUAGCUUAGAUCAUUGUGAUUUUCCGGAGGUCGUGUCUCCCAACAAUGUCGCAAUUUACGGCGGUCUAUGCGCUUUAGCUACUUACGAUCGUAAUGAGUUACAGAAAAAUGUCAUUCAAAGCAGUUCUUUCAAACUAUUUUUGGAAUUGGAACCUCAACUACGAGAUAUUAUAUUUAAAUUUUACGAAUCCAAGUAUGCCACUUGUUUGAAGCUCUUGGAAGAAAUCAAGGAUAAUUUGUACCUCGAUAUGUAUAUUGCUCCGCAUGUACCCGCUUUGUAUUCUCAAAUAAGAAAUCGUGCUCUAAUUCAAUACUUCAGUCCGUAUCUGUCGGCCGAUAUGCGAAAAAUGGCGUCUGCAUUUAACACAUCAGUUCCUAGUCUCGAGGAUGAAUUAAUGCAGUUAAUUUUAGACGGUCAAAUUCAAGCUCGGAUUGAUUCUCAUAACAAAAUAUUGUAUGCAAAAGACAUCGAUCAACGUAGUACCACAUUUAAAAAGUCAUUGGCUAUGGGUAAACAGUACGCCAGAAGUUCCCAUAUGUUGAUAUUACGAGCAGCUGUUAUUAAACAUCAUAUCCAAGUGAAAGACUGAAUUCGUUCACGUAAUUUAUCUGCUCGGCGAGAUGAAUAUCAACACUCAACAGUGUGAAAUGUCUAUGAAAAAUAUGAUUAUAUAUUUAGAAAGUAACGCCAGAGUCCUGUUUCAUGUCAUAUUUUGUUUUGUUUUUUAAACUAUUUUUUAAGUUCUAUAAUCAUUUUCAUGCUUGUAUAAAGUCGAAGCGUUGAUUCAAACAAAAAUUGUUAAUUGAUUUGUAAAAAUUGGAAUAUUUUAUGCUGAA